CUGCAGGGAACGCUCUGCCCUUCCCUAAGAGCAAGUUUGAAGCUUUCAAAGACAUUCUCAUUGAGCUCGGUUACUAGUCUGGUUACUAGUCUCCCUCGACAUGCGAUUUCCAACUAUCAUCCUUCUAGCCAGUCUCUUACCGGGAGUCGUAGGAGAUCAGCCAUCGUUCCGCGAGACGCUAUCGAGUAUCCCUCACACCAUCUCGUUCACUAAAGAGACUUUACCUUCACAUGUCUCUACAACCACGGGCAGCACCCUCGUCCUAGCAGGUGCUUCUUGGGACGGGCACUUUCGAGCGCAAAUCUAUCCGGGGCACUGGCAACGUUACCUGCAAGCACUUCCUUCAAGCGUGCAACACGGCUAUAUUCUGUAUGACGGACGUCCAAUUGGGCCCAAUUCACUUCCCAGAGGUCUUGUCCGAGCUUGGGACGCCUGGGGUGGGACUGCGCCGAGCUAUGAACUGUGCUUAUUCAAGGACGGCAAAGAAGGCCCCGCACAAGACCGCGAGUUGAUCAACACUUAUCACAGCUUUGUACGAAACGAAACCGACGCGACAGCUAUAGGGGAUUUUUUUUCGAAUAGGUGUGGAGGGGUUGGAGCGAGGUCUGGGAUUUCCCAUCCUGAGUUAUAGAUCAGAGUCAUAGUUCUAUGUACGUACUUGUAGGUUGUGCUUCAACAUUACUCUUGCCCUCGCUAUCCUGUCGAAUGGUCUCUUCCUCCAUGCUAGGAGGCGGCUCUGUUGAAUUCUCAAAUGCUCGCUUGAUCAAUCCCUUCGUCAUCCCAUUCUCAUUUCUUUGGAGGCAGACGCAAUAAGGGCAGGGCGGUGAGCCAAUUGUGUCCAUGAGUGUCAAAUGGCUCUCCACGAAGUGCUCGAGCGCCUGGCUGCGAAUAAGCAAGAUGUCGCCGGGUUGAUACGGUAGCAUGAUUCCCAAGUCAGGAAGGCAGAAUCUUCCCCGGCCUUCGGGAAAAUUUGCGA